AUGCCUGGACGUACUCUACCGACUUUUACUCGCGCUGAGGUCGAAGCGCACAACUCUGGUGACUCCUGCUAUGUCACCAUCGGCAACAAGGUCUACGAUAUUACCGAUUUUGUUGAGGAUCAUCCUGGCGGUCCUGAAUAUAUUCUCGAAUACGCCGGUCGCGAUAUCGAAGAGAUCCUCAAAGAUUCUGAUUCUCAUACACACUCUGACUCUGCCUACGAGAUUCUCGAUGAGAACCUUGUCGGAUUUCUCGUUUCUGAGAAGGCUGUGAAUGGACACGCCAAUGGGAAGGCCAACGGCACCGGAAACGCAAAGCUACCCAAUGGUGAAGCCAACGGAGAAGCCAAUGGCGCCGUUCACCCCCGAACCGGAAUGUCUUGCGCGGAGGACUUGAGCAAGGAUACAGACUAUAACAUGGACUACAAGAAGAACAAGUUCCUUGACCUAAACCGGCCCCUCUUCCCUCAGAUCUGGUUCGGUGGUUUCUCCAAAGAAUUCUAUCUUGAUCAGGUCCAUCGCCCUCGCCACUACAAGGGAGGCCAGUCUGCGCCUCUCUUUGGCAACUUCCUUGAGCCUCUCUCCAAGACCGCCUGGUGGGUUGUUCCUAUGGUCUGGCUGCCGUGCGUCGCAUACGGUACUUGGGUUGCUUCUCAAGGCUUUGACAACCAGCUCUUCACUGUGGGCUACUGGCUAUUUGGCGUGUUCUUCUGGACCAUCAUUGAAUAUGUCCUGCAUCGCUUCCUGUUCCACCUUGACUACUACCUGCCUGACAACCGUGUUGGAAUCACGCUUCACUUCAUUCUUCACGGCAUCCAUCAUUAUCUCCCUAUGGACAAGUAUCGUCUUGUUAUGCCUCCUACGCUCUUCGCUGCUUUGGCUGCUCCUUUCUGGAAGUUUGCACACGCUGUCCUCUUCCACAACUGGUAUGCUGCUACUGCAGCCUACUGUGGCGGCAUCUUCGGAUAUGUCUGCUACGAUCUCACACAUUACUUCCUUCACCACCAAGACCUUCCUCUGUGGUACAAGGAACUCAAGAAGUACCACCUUGCUCACCACUUCCUUGACUAUGAGCUCGGUUUCGGUGUGACGAGCAAGUUCUGGGACAGUGUGUUCGGUACUGAGCUGAUCUACAACACCAAAAAGACGAAAUGA